CUUGUUCAUCUCAUCCAGGGCGUAUAUACACCGCCGGGUGUACGCGUAGAGCCACUCGUAGAGGGGACACUGGACUCGAAAUCGGAGCAAUGGGUCGUCUGCUCGCUCUGACUUUUCUGGCUGUCGCAGCUAGCGCCCGGCUUCACUCGCGCGACGCGCCUGACGCGUUCUCCAAGCCAGCAAGCAAGGCUCUGGACUAUGUCGACCCCUUCAUUGGCAACGGCGGUGACUCUCCCAAUGGUUCCGGCGGGAUGAUUCCUUCGACUGCUCCGCCCUUCGCCAUGACACGCUGGGUCGCACAAACGCGCCAGAACUACGUCUCUGUCACUCCCUACAACUACACCGACUCCUCUAUUCAUGGCUUCCAAGGCACCCACCAGCCUGCCAUUUGGAUGGGUGAGAGCGGCCAAGUCGUCGUUGCACCCGGGGCCGGGACCGUGCAGCCGGAGUUUGAGAAGCGCGGGAUGGGCUUCAGCCACACGAACGAGAUCGCAUCCGCGAACUACUACUCAGUCAUCCUCAAUGCCAUCGAAGGGGGGCAAAUACAUGCCGAGCAGUCCGCGACCUCCCGCGUCGGUCACCUCCGCUUCACUUUCACGGACACCCGGACGCCAUACGUCCUUGUUGAAGCGACUCGCCCACAGGUUGUGGGCCCCAACGGCCCCACGAACUUCACCUUCCCCCACGGCGCGAUCACCAUCGACCCCGCUGCGCGCGAGAUCUCCGGGCGCAACCCCGAGCGACAGGACUUCAUCAUUGGCCCAAACCCUGCGACUAACUGGUCGGGGUACUUUGUCGCUAGGUUCGACCAGGAGUUCACCAGCUACGGGACAGCGCAGAAUGGUACGGUCAGUGAGGGCAAGACGGCGGGUGAGGGCGCGCUCCUUUCGGGCUUCGCGAGGUUCAAGGAGGGCACGAAGAAGGUGGACGUGCGCGUGGGUGUGUCAUUCAUCUCAGUCGAGCAGGCGCGGGCGAACUUGGAGAAGGAGAUCUCGGACGGGACGAGCCUCGAGCAGACGGCGGAGCAGACGAGGACGCAGUGGGCAGAGAAGCUCGACCGGAUCAAGAUAGAGGGUGCGACCCAGGAACAGGCCGAGGUAUUCUAUACCGGGGUGUUCCAUACACUGCAAUAUCCUUACGAACAAGAGGAAGAUGGCAAAUACUACUCCGGUUACGACGAUCAAGUGCACGAAGGCAUCUCGUAUACCGGCUACUCCAUCUGGGAUACAUUCCGCGCUGAGUGGGCCUGGCAGAUCCUCCUGGCGCCCGAACGCAUCUCAGGCAUGGUGCAGAGCAUGCUCCAAGACUACAAGGAGGGCGGCUGGCUUCCUAUGUGGAAGAACAUCGUCGAAACGAAUGUCAUGGUCGGCACUCAUGCGGAUUCUCUCGUCGCGGAGGCCGUCGUCAAGGGGUUCAAAGAUUUCGACCUCGACACUGCGUACGAAGCCGUCCACAAGGACGCGACUGUCCCGCCUGACGACGAUUGGACCACCUCCUACUUUGAUCGAGAACAGAACGUCGGCUACGAAGUUCGCGCGGGCCUCUCCUCGGUGUAUGCUUCCAAGGGCUGGGUCGCUGACGACAUCCACUCCGAAGCUGCCUCGCGUACGCUCGACUACGCCUACGACGACUACGCCGUCUCUGUGCUCGCCGCCGCCCUCAAUAACACUGACGACGCUGCGUUCUUCCGCGCUCGCGCGUUUUCUGCCCCUUUCUCCAUCUUCAACAACGAUACGGGUUUCAUGGAGGCGCGUAACGUGGACGGCUCGUGGGCGGGUCAAGAUCAGGGAUGGACGGAGGGUGACAUGUGGGCGUACACAUUCGAUGUUGUGCAUGACGUACCGGCGUUGAUCCAGAGGCGGGGCGGUAAUAAGUCGUUUGUCGAGUUCUUGGACGAGCACUUUGACGGAGGCCACAAUGACCACACCAACGAGCCGUCGCACCAUAUCCCAUACCUAUAUUCGCUCGCAGGCGCGGCGUCGAAGUCCCAAGAGCGCAUUCGGGAAGUGGCCAAGGACAACUACAACAACUCCGUCAACGGCCUCUCAGGCAACGAGGACUGCGGCCAGAUGAGCGCAUGGUACGUUUUCAGCGCGCUCGGAUUCUAUCCUGUGGACCCUGUCUCGGCGGAGUAUGUGGUCGGAACGCCCUUCUUCGACAAGGUCACAAUCGACCUCCCCGGGGCGAAGCAGCCGCUCGUCAUUACUUCCUCCGGCGCACCUAAGAAACCCUACAUCAAGAGCGUGACCGUCAACGGCCGCGAGCUCGCCUCUCCCAUCCUCACGCAUGCUGACAUUGCUAACGGCGGCCACAUCAACUAUGAGAUGAGCAGCGCGCCUCAAAAAUGGUCUUCGAGUACUCUUACCCAGGAUAAGAGGUACGAACACAUCGAGCUCUAGAACGUAUGCUAUGAGUCUCCACCUGACUUCGUACCAUAAUCAUGCGGCGGGUGCGAAGGGCUUGAUACAACGCCAGUAAUCGAUCUACUAUGAUAUCGAUGACAACAGCAUAUCGCACUAUCUGCUUCAUAAACCUUUGGAGUUGUGUCUCAAUCAGCCACCAUCGUUGCCGCGUUUCUUCUCUCCAGUGCCUCAUCUUCCAAGUUCAAACGUUCUCAGCAAAAGAUCAAUAUUCUUUCUCGCCAGCUCCUUUCAAUGCCUCCUUCGCAUCCUCUACGAAUGCCCUGAGCACAUCCACAUCCGACGCUUGCUCUUUCUCAGCGGCCAUUGUGCCUCCAUUUCGAGCGUUAGCAAUUCUUUCGAACAACCUGGCGUACCCUUCUAAUAUCUUCGCCUCUCCAUUGCCCAAGCCCACGCGUACGAAGGCUGCCAUCUCUUCCAUCUCCGCAACGAAGCGAUAGGCCUUGGGGAACAUGCCGGGUACCCAGCGAACGAUGUUAUCGAGAUAUUGGGGCUGGGAGACGCGUAGCUCCGUCAGGAGGGCGUGGGCUGUGGCGGGCGACGAUGCGUGCGCGGCAAGUAUCAUCGUCGCAGUGAGGCCAAUAAAGCCCUUCGCGAUGCCCGAAUAGGACAUCUUCAACGCAGCAGCAUCCCCGACACCGACGCCCUCUCCCCUCAGUAAUUUGACAUUCAAUCCUCGUUCACCGAGCCUCUCGAACGCAUCCAAUGCCUCUUGGUCGCCAGGUUUUGGAGAGGCGGCCGCGUAAAAGGCAGGGUCGUACCCAGGUGAUGGCUCGAUACCAAUGAUACGAGCGUCCAGGAAACGGACGGAGGUGCCUAAGAAGAGAGAUGAGACGCGCUCCUUCGUCAUGGGCGAAAGGGCAUUGCAGUCGACGAAGACCAGCCGCGGAUUCGCGUCUUCACAUGCUUGGUAUGCUCCGAUGAACUCCUUGGCGAAGGAUUCCGCACUGGCGGGAGGGACGAUGCUGAGAACCCAGUCCGCGCGGCGCGCGAUCCCUGUGAGGGGUGAGUCUUGCAUGCCUGCGGAGUGCGCCCGCGAGAUGGACGCGGGCGAACGGUUGUCGAGACUAGUCAGGACUGUGCAAGGGUGCGGGGGCGAGGUGAGGCGGCGGGCGACCGCAGAGCCCAUCGAGCCCGGAGCAACGAUCGCGAUGGUGGGUCCGCUUGCGGAUGUCAUCGUAGCAUGCUGGUCCAACAUGCCCGAGAAACGAUGCUAGUAGUCGUCCCUUCUAGGUCAGUGAUAAUGAAGGACUCGGGGCGAUAAGGGAAGCAUCGGAGGCCACAGCGUGAGACUGGGAACAACCUGGGACGAGCUGAGAGUCAAGAGGAUUCUGUGCGAAUUAGCGUAGCGUGAAGCAGUAUGCUAGCACAUC